UCACUAUUUCACGUGCAGAGUCACUCAGCAGUGGCUUUGGUCUUAGAAUCGAAGCAAAGAAUCUAGCAUCUGCUUUCUCUCCGUCUCUCUCUGAGCCUUAGAUGGAUUGCGAAAUCUCAGAGAAAGCAUCCAUGGACCGGCACGCACCACAACCCACCUCUUCCAUUCCAGCAACUGAAAACACUGUCUGGGCAGAUGCUUCACCUCUCCUUGAAGCCGCAUGUAGAGAACUAAGAGAUGGAGAGCUCAUUCAUGGAGAGAAUUUUAAUCUUUUCGCUGCCAUGUCUGCUUUAGAGAUAAUGGACCCAAAGAUGGAUUCAGGUAUCAUCAGUAGAUACUGUUCUGUUGACGAAGCAAUCGAAGAUGGUGCUGCUCCAAUUCCUAUUAGCUUUGAUAAAACCACUGAUGUUCAAUGCACCAUUGAUAUCAUGGACUAUCUAUUGGCAUGUGAGGCAACAUGGCACAAGGGUCACUCUUUGGCACAAACUGUCUUUUCUUGCAUCUAUCUUUUGAGGCCUGAGAGGACAGCAUCACAUACCUUAUUGGAUUCCUUUUGCAAAGUCAUUCGUGCAACAUGCAAAGCAGUUGUUUCAGUUGUAUCAGAUGCACGCACACAUGAAGAAGAAGAUCUUUUUAUAAUGGCUUAUGGUCUUCCUCUUAAUGUGCAUGGAGAUGAUAAGUGCUUAUCCUUGUUAAAUGCCGUUGAAGAAAAUAUUUCUCGCCAAUUGCGUGCUUGUAAAGCCCCGUCAUCCAAAAGAAAAGUAUUAGAGGGUAUUUAUUUCAAUAUGCUCAAAUUUAAUGAUAUAGAGCCAUUACAAGCUAAUCCUGAUCUGGAGGAAGGCUAUUGCAAAGCAUUGUUGUGCCGCAUACGCUUUCGUAAGCAUUUUUUUCAUGUUCUCACCUGUAUGAAGCGACCACAAGGUAGAGGUAUGGAGUUGGCUAGAAAACAUAUAGCCACCUGCAUAUCAGAGCUGGAAUCAAUUUAUAAAUCAGCAGAAUUCCUUUUGUCAAAUGCUUCUGGGACUUGUGAAGAUGGCAUGGAAGAUAGAACAACUGCAUCUGGUUGUCAACCAGUUGGGUUCGACACUAGUUUAAACUGUAGAAUUUCUGCCCCCACUCCACCUCGCUCAAUUAAACUUCUUAGUUGGAUAAAGGCAAUUGAGUACUUCGAAAAACUUCUUCAAGAUCUAGAUUUGAUAUGUUCCUUCAUGUUGGACCCAUCUUUGGAAGUUCUUUUGCACUUUCUGGUUCAGUUUCAAAAGUCUCAGCCUGAUUUGGUUGCAAGAGCACAUCUCCAGCUUCUGCUGGUUCAAGAUGGGAAGCUGUAUGGGCGGGAUCCUAUUUUUUCUGUCAUUACUAGAGCUGCAGGCUUGCCUGAAGCUGCAAAGAACCAUGAUAUUCAGAAGAAUGAAUAUAUUAUACAACUAGGACAGCUGGUAAUCAAUAUGCUCAAAAUUCUUUGUACAAAUGCUGCAUGGCAGAGGCGUAAACUUGGGAAAAUUUUGCAGGAUUGGCGUGUUAUUUACGUACAGCUAGAACUUGCUUUUACAAAGGAGUAUAGAGAAGUCUCAAACAAUUCAAACAACGAGAGUGCAUCUGUGAGAAUAUUUAAGCAGAUCCUUGUUUGGAUUGAGGAGCAAACUUACUGGAUUGCUCACCGAUUUCUCAUUCUGGGUUUUGAAUUAGAUCUCUAUGCCCCUGGUGAAUAUUGCAUGGUAUACUGGUAUUUGUAUGUUAUCUUGAUCAAGCUUUCAGAGAAAACACAAAUUAAGAUGUCAGCGGCUGAUGGCACUGCUAAACGGAAGGGAAAGAAGAGAAAAGAUUCUCCAAAGGAUCUGGCAAGAGAAAGUCGGAUUCCACCUGCAGUCUUGUUUCUUCAGUGCCAGAUGUAUCUAGCUGAAGGGCUCACAGUGCUGCUUGCUGCUUUGAAGAAUGAGCUGAUGAUUUUACAGAGUCCAAGCCCGUUUAAUUCUGAGCACGAGAGAUUCAUACAACAUUUUGAGCUGCUACAGAAAGCUUGCAUUCCUGAUCAUGUUUCAUAUCCAUCUUUUAAGGAAUCUACGGCCUAUGCUCGUUUUUCUACCAUAGUUGUGUAUAAUUAUUUCAAGGAUGCUCAGAAGAUUGCUAAGGAGAUCAAAAGUAGCUUUUCCAAUGACCCAGACAGAUUAGCUGAACUUCGCAAAUUGGAGCUGGUUGCUGAACACAAUAGUGUUGCCUUAAAUGUCAUUUGCCAGGUAGGAGCCCUUGACCCAUCCUUGAAGGUUUCUCUCGAGUUCAUCCACCAUCCUUGCUUCGCUACUGCCAUUGUUAAGAGAUCUUGAAGGUUUCUUUCAAAGAUACCACCAAUUUUGAAACCCCUUACAUGUUGGCAUUUUAGUCGGGCAGUAUAGCAAACUGUAACAUUUGUAAUUGUUUUCAUUUAAUUUUCUCAAAUAUUGUUCAUAUGAAUUCCAUAAAUUGAAAUGAAAAAAAAAAAAAAUCAAUAAAAAGCAGUAUUUGUUGGUUGGUUUGCUCA